CUGGUAACUGGGUCAACUUUGCUAUGUUCAUGUUGUUGCCUCCUGACCAGUCACGGGACGUGACCCCAACAUGGACAUAAGAUAAGAUUUAAAUGUGUUUGAGAUAACAUCCAUGAUACAAAAUUGUCGAGAUAUUUAAACACUUUGAUGCUGAUCGCACAGCUUUUUAUGGUGGCUAAAGUGGCUUCAAGAUGGAGACAUUAUUUAUCAAAGUAAUCACUCUGGUAGUGCUGAUUUUCCUUACUCUGGUGUUUAGUGUGCUGCCGUACUUUCUUGUCCUGCGAGGCUCAAACUCUCUUGUUUCAAGCAGGUUGAGAGAAAGAGUUAUAGGGUACCUCAAUUGUUUUGCUGGAGGUGUAUUUUUAGCAACACUCCUUCUCCACCUCUUGACAGAAGGAAAUGAAGAGUUUGAAAACUACAAAGAAAAAGUUAGUUUAAAGGAGGAUUUCCCAAUCUUUAAUACAUGUGUGGCAGUGGGAUUCUUCAUCGUGGCGUUCAUGGAGCUUUUCAUGCAUGCUUGUUUACACAGUGACGCAUCUGUGCAGGAUUUGGAAGUCGUGGUGCCAGAGGUUAACAACGUUCCCUCUCAGUAUGGUGCUGUUGGGGUUUCACCUCAGACAGAUUGCAAUAGUGCUUCUUGUCGCGAACAUUGCGAGGAUGAAAGGCGAAGUUUACUUAACAAAAACCCAGAAUCAGCAGUUAGUUCUGUGACAGUGAAUACAGCAGUCAGAGAAAGACGCGCGGAUGGUCCUGCUGAGUACACACCUUCUGGAAUGAGAGCGUUCCUUCUUCUUGUUGCUCUGUCAUUUCACACCAUCUUUGAUGGCCUGGCUGUAGGAUUACAGAAAAAUGAGUCGGAAGUCUGGCAGGUAUUUGCUGCCAUCUCUAUCCACAAAAGUAUUAUUGCAUUUUGCCUAGGUCUGGAAAUGUUCAAAAGUCAACAACACAGACCAUGUCGAGCUUUUCUAUGGCUUUGUUUUUUCUCUCUCAUGUCUCCCAUUGGUAUUGGGUUGGGUAUAGCCUUGACAUCAGGUGGAGUGAAUGAUGAAGCUCGGCUACUUUCUUCCAGCAUACUUCAGGGACUUGCUGCAGGAACAUUUUUGUAUGUGACUUUCUUGGAGAUUCUGUGCAUGUACAUAGGCCACAAUAGCCGUCGCCACUUUUUAAAUAUAUUUUUUGCAAUGGUAGGUUUUGUAUUUAUGGCGCUUGUCAAACUUUUAGAUCAUGAUUAAAACCUUUAAUUAGAUCUUAACCAGUAACUAAACCAUUGUAUGUAACAAAACAUUUUUGUAUGGUAACACAGUUAUGGAUGCCUUAAACAUUUAUUUGUAAAUUACAUAUGUAAAUAUAAUUUUAAUAUGAUCUCAUUCAUUUUGAAUUCGAGGUAGUGAAGCUUUACUCAGAUGUGUAUAAUAUAUACAAGCAUCAAACUAUUUAAUUUAUCACCAAAGUUUUAAAACAUUUUUAUGGUUUCUUUGCAAUAUGGAGCUGUUCAUUAAUAACUCAUUUUGCCUUUUACUUUUAAAUAAAAUGUAUAUACUAUUUUUAUGUCAUAGUCAUUUUGAUAAUCAAUACAUAUAAACUAUUUACAUUGAAACUGGUGAGGCCACUAUUAUAACAUCAUAGGAUAAUAAAAACUUACAAAUAUAAAAUAAUAUACUCAUCAAUUGAUUGCACAAUACUUUAGAUAAAUUAUGCUCAAGAAAAGGGUUUUAAAAUUGUAAAACUAAAAAAUCAAUAAAACAAAUGCAUUUCAUUUAUUUUUGUUCUUGAGGAUUUUUUCCUGUCUAAUUUGAUUUUUCAGUAAACACACAGUAGAUUAUUACAAUCUCUUAUUUUCAAUGGCCUCCAAAAAUUAUUCAACAUUUUAUUAACAGUAAGCACAAAAUAAUUAUAAAUAUUUCUACAAAAUAGAAAGUAAUGGCAAUUAUUUUUUAAGAAAAACAGAUUUUCUGGCUACAAGUUUAGUAUUAGUAUUAUAAAAUUUUAAACUUCCUGUUAUCACAGAGACAGCUAUAUCUUGUAUAUUUAAAUGAAGUGUUCUAGUACAUUGUCUGCCAUUAGCAAAUAUACUAUGUUGAUAGAAUUCUGAUCUUAUAGUUUUAAAUCUAGUCUUUAUUGCGUUUAUUUGAAUGCCAAUCCAUGGUUGUUAUCAAACUAUUUUUUUAACUAUAGAUCUAGUUUUAGAUCAAGUAUAGUUGGUUUUUUUUUCUUCCAAAAGUGAAACUUUUUAUUUAGUAAGCAGUUCAAAUUUUAAUGAAAAUAUUUGUUUUGGAAGGUCUUUAAUCCUAAGCGAGAAUGACUUCUCUAACAAUUAUAUAGCUUAUUUAAAAAUACUUAGUUAGUAAUUAGUUGAAUCAGUACAUGACCAUUAAUUUUCAGCUCUUAGUAUGAAGGAAGCACUCUAAAACUCUAUGUAACUGCUUGUAAAGCCUUAACUGAGGGUAAAAAGCCCAUUUUUUUAAAAACUAGAUUUUUAUUUUCUUUUUAUCUUCUGGGUAAUUCUUUACGCAUGUUUGUAAAACCUUAACUCAGAGUAAAACGCACACCAUUUUUUAAGACCAGAUUUUAUGCUUUAAAUUUUAAAAAUUUAUCUUCUUAGGUGUUUUAUUAAACUAAUCCAUUUAUUUUGUACUUAUCACUCAACCAAUAAACUUAAAUUGUUUGUUGAUACUUUUGUCAGAUACCAUAUGUCAUACUUAUUUGGGUUAUGAUUUAAAUCCUAAUUAGAUCUAUUUAAGUAGAUCAAACUUUGUUUUAUAAGUGUACCUAAUUGUAAACAAGAGUUCCUAUUUGGACUUGUCAUUCAAGGAGAAAUUUAACUUUUUAUUUUUUGUGAUCAUUGCAAUACACCUGCUUUGUGCUGAAUAAAAGUCUUUCAUAUUAAA